GUGGCGUUCCUUGUCAGGCAAUUGCGUCCUCACUGCUAGGUUCCCGGCCGACGAAGGCUGGAAAGGGAAUUCGCGCCGGGUGCGCUGCAUUGACGACUUUUCGGCAUCUCGUAUAAAUGCCGCAGUGUCGGUUGGAGAGUCCAUCCAGCACGAGACUGUCGAUCGUUUCGUGGCGAUGCUUCGCGACGUCAUGUCGUCAGGUUGUGACGGAGUCGCGCUUCGCAAAGAAGACUUUGUAGCAGCGUUCAAGACGUUGCCCUUGGCGAGCUCGCACUUGCCGUUUGCAGUCGUCUCCUGGGAUUCGGCUGAGUCCCAGGGGCAGGGGCUGCAACUUCUCGCGUGCCCGUUUGGGGCCGUCGCGUUGGUCUACAACUGGGAGCGCUUCUGUGCAGCAGUCAGGCGCUCCGUUCUUGGCUACGCCAGCGAAGUUGCACGCGAGGUGGUAGAAGAUUUACUUGGAUGGGAACUUGAUGCCACGAAGCGGGUAUCUGGUUCAGCGAAAGCUCCCAUUUUGGGAGUGGAGGUCGAAAUCGACUUCGCCGGUGGAGCCGUACAUUUGGAGAUUGGCUCGGCCAAGAUCGCGCAAUGGAGAGCGCAAAUCUGCGCCAUUCUGGAGCGCAGCGCGCUGCACCCUGCCGAAGCGAAAAAGCUUGCGGGGAGGCUGAGCUGGGGCGCUUCUGCUGUUUACGGCCGCGCGGCAAGGGUGCAUCUGGCGCCGCUUUUCAAGCAGGCGUCUGGAGCGUCCUCGGCUUUGUCAGGCCGUUUGGCGCGCUCCCUCCGCUGGUGGCUGCGGUUUCUCCACUCUGUGCCGCGGCGCACAGUGUUGUCCGCGGAGCCUGCCGAGCGGCGCCGGCGCAUUGUAUAUUCUGACGCCACGGGCAAAGGCAGGUUGGCAUGGGCCAUCUGUUUGCCAGAGCGGCGGGUCUGGUCUGCCUCCGUGGUGCCCCGUGCAGUAUGGCGUUGGGCGCUCUACCGGAAAAACCAGGUAGCAACCUGGGAGCUAAUGGCGGCCAUUUGCGCGCUCCACUGGCUGCUCAGCCAAGAG